AUUUUGAAUCAGCCCUCCGCAUCGCACUCACAAGUCACAGUCCCGCCGCUCUUUUUUACUUCCGCAGCAGCGAAGCUCAGGCUGCUCAGCCAUGGCCGGGAUUGUGAAGCCGCAAGGCGCUUUCACGGUUACACCCCACAAAGUCUCCAUUUGCAUUCUGGUUCACGUAUAUGCUCCGCCAGUUCAAGACUCUACUCCCUUCCCUUUCUCCUCUGUCUCUCAGCAUAACGGCCUGGCACUGUACUUAACCUCUCUCAUCAAGUCAUGUGAGGAUAUUUUUGAGCCGAAGCUAGAUGAGUUGAUUGCGCAGUUGAAGAAAGUAUCCGGAACAUUGAAUGACUGGUUGAUUGAAAACUUGAUGCAGAGUUUAUCAUCCUUAGCUUCCCCUGAUGAUCUGUUUAACUUCUUUAACGAGUUGCGAGGCAUACUUGGGGGUUCUGAUUUGAAUGAAAUUGACGAUGAUCAAAUCAGUUUGGAUCCGAGUAGCAACAUUGGAAUGUUUGUUCGUCGUUGCUUACUUGCUUUCAAUAUCUUGUCAUUUGAGGCCGUCUGUCACCUAUUAACAAAUAUAGAGAUGUACCGCAAGGUGUCACUCUCAAGAUGUUCUCCCUAUGAGUUGUUGAAUUUAGAUGGUACCAGCUGCGAUCUGGAUGGAUCAAGGACCUAUGAGAAUAUGGAAAUGGAGAUUAUUGUUUGUCAAAAAGUCAGCAAGAAAAUGGAAGCAGAAAGCGUAGCUAGUGAGCGAGUUCCAUUUCACAAUCAUGCUCCUAACGUACUUGUUGGGCUAGUUGAAGGAAAUUAUGUUUCUCACAGUACAAAAGUCAAACACAAUAGGAAACCUGGGGAGUCCAGCCCAAGUGGGUCUUCACCAUGUGAUGCAUCAAAAGGUGGUAAUCCUUCAGUUGCAAUGUUCAUACGAACCAACUGGCAAAUACAAGGAUACCUAAUGGAUCAGGCUGGUUUGAUUGAGAAGUGCCCAGCAUGGAAGCUCCUUCAUUUUCAAUGCAUUUGAUUCUGUGUUACAACAGCUCCAGAAACAAGCACCUGAACUGCAUCGUGUUCACUUUUUGCGUUACUUAAAUAGCCUUUAUCAUGAUGACUACCCUACUGCUUUGGAAAAUCUUCAUCGGUAUUUUGAUUACAGUGCAGGGACGGAAGGAUGUGACUAUAUACCUCCGCCUUCUUCUGUAGGCGGCAGCUUCGGCAGAUAUGAAGUUGCUUUGCUAUGUUUAGGAAUGAUGCAUAUUCAUUUUGGCCACCCAAAACAAGCUCUGGAGGUUUUGAGUGAAGCUAUUCAAGUUUCUCAUCAGUACAGUGAUGAUACCUGCCUUGCAUAUACAUUAACAGCUAUUUGCAAGCUGCUGUCCAACGCUGGUAUCUCAAAUACUACUGGUUUUAUUGGAUCAUCAUAUUCACCAGUUGCCCAUUUAAGCACUUCUAUGUCAGUCCAACAGCAAUUAUAUGUUCUUUUAAGAAGUUCCAUAAAGCGAGCGGAAAGUCAAAAGUUGAAACGACUGGUGGCCUCUAAUCAUCUUGCUAUGGCUAAAUUUGACCUUGCACAUAUUCAUAGACCUUUGCUCUCAUUUGGCCCAAAGACAUCCAUAAAGCUCACAACUUGUCCAGUCAAUGUCUGCAAGGAGCUGAGGUUAAGUUCUCAUCUAAUUACUGACUUUGGAGAUGAAACUUCAAUGAUGACCUCAGAUGGCGCUUUUUGUACUGCUUGGUUUAAGAAUUUGAAGAAGCCAAACAGUUUGCUUAUUUUUACACAAGAAAACGAGUCUAGUAAUAACAUAACGUCCCAUUUCUGUGCACAACCUAGUUCCAUUCCUGGGUCAGUGCUGCAGGUAUUAGGCUCAUCUUACUUGGUUCGUACCACUGCAUGGGAGGUCUAUGGCAGUGCCUCUCUUGCUCGAAUAAAUUCCCUAGUUUUUGCAACCUGCUUUUAUGACUCAUCCAGUUCAGAGGAUGUUGCAAUGGCAUAUGCAAAACUUAUCCAGCAUUUGGCAGUAUAUAAAGGAUACAGAGAGGCAUUUGCUGCACUUGAAAUUGCAGAGGAGAAGUUUUUAUGCCUUUCAAAGUCAAGAGUCCACCUUGCAAAACUGCAGUUACUCCAUGAGCAUGCUUUACACCAGGGGCGCCUUAAACUAGCUCAACGACUAUGUGAUGAGCUAGGCAUUUAUGCUUCUUCUGUAGCGGGAGUUGAUAUGGAGAUAAAGGCUGAAGCAAGCUUCCGCCGUGCACGGACAUUGCUUGCUGCAAACCAGUUCAGUGAGGCAGCGGCUGUAGCACAAUCUCUUUUCUGUAUGUGCUACAAAUUCAGUUUACAGGUUGAGAAUGCUACUAUACUCCUCUUGAUCGCAGAGAUACACAAGAGAUCAGGCAAUGCCGUUUUAGGAAUUCCAUAUGCAUUGGCCAGCCUUUCUUUUUGUCAGUCUUUUAACCUGGAUCUUCUCAAAGCCUCAGCUACGCUGACAUUGGCCGAGUUAUGGCUCUCUCUCGGGUCAAGUCAUGCAAAGAGGGCUAUGACUCUCAUACACAAUGCUUUUCCCAUGCUUCUUGGUCAUGGUGGUCUUGAGCUUCGUGCCCGGGCCUUCAUUACUGAAGCAAAAUGCUAUCUAGCAGACUCAAGUUUUUCAGUAUAUAAAGAGGCAGAGAAUGUGCUUAAACCUUUACGGCAAGCUUCGGAAGAUUUGGAACGUUUGGAGUAUCAUGAAUUGGCGGCUGAAGCUUUUUACCUGAUGGCUGUAAUCUAUGACAAGCUGGGAAGGAUAAAUGAGAGGGAAGAAGCCUCAUCCAUGUUUAAGGAGCAUAUUAUGGCCCUAGAGAUACCUUUGAAUGACUGAUAAAGAUCCUCAAAGGUGUAGGUAGUUACAUUGUAAAGAAUUGUUGUCAAGGAGACGAGCAUGUCAUGCCCCCAUUCUCUUGUAGUACUGUAGUUCAAAGACUGGUUGAGUGUUGACUAUUUUGAGUUUCUGGCUUUUAUUUUGCUUUAUCUAGUAGUGACUCAAAACAAGAGGCCUAGAGGUGAUGUAUACGAUAUUGAAGCAAAAUAACUAAUUUAAAAACUAAUUAACGUUCUUGUGGAUGUAUAAAG